AAUACGUUAAUAAUAAGUAUUACGAGGAUCAGCUUCGGCCUAAGCAAAGAAAUCGUCGCCCUAAGUAUAAUAAAAAUAAAAACGUAUUUUAAAACAAUAACUUUCUAUAUCCUACCCAUUAAUACCCUAUUUCUCUUAUAUCUAAAAAAUAUAGAUUAA